UACAAAAACCAAAACACUACUACCACUACUAUAUAUGCACUACUACCUAUAUAUACAUAUGCACACUACUACUACAGCAUAGACAUGCACAUGCACACUACACUACAUAUUAUACACACGACACACAUGCACUACUAGGAGAAACACACUACAGAAUAUACACGACACACCACUACUACAUACACUACACUACUAAUACUAUAUACACACACACGGAAAAGAAAAAAAAAACCACUACACCACUAUACUACAAACACACACACAAACGGAAGAGAAGAAGAGUUUGGAGUACCGUUCGAGUUUCCGGUGACGACGUUUUCGUUCUUCAUUCGGAAUAAUUCAUCACCGAGGUUCAUAUCAAAUUUGUACUAUUUAUUCAAGCGUUAAUGUGAAUCAAAGCAUGACCAAAAGUUAUUUAACAGAUUUCAUUGUUAUUUGUUACGUAAAAUUUAUUAUGUAUAUGUGAGCUUUUAAUUUUAGUUGCAUGUUUAAAUUUAUUUUUCCGCAUUUAAAAGUUGUGUAUGCAUUUGAUGCAUAUUAAAUGCUAAACGUGUUUCAACUUUGUUUGGACUAUUAAGUGAACUGUUGUUAAUUACUUUUUAAUGGAGAAGACAAUACUUUUCCUAGUAUUAGAUCCUAAAGAUAAUAUAGAACUAUCUUUAUGUGUGAAUUAUUAACCUGUCCCUGGAAAUUGAAGUCGGCAAUCUCAUGUUUGUUCGCACUUAUACAACCACAUGUUUAUUUAUUUAUUUUUUUUCUAUAUAUAUGUUUUAGUUUUUGCCAUGUCUAGAUUUAAGCUCAUGAUGUAGAAGUAGAAUGCAUUUUUAGAAUGACUAUUUAUUUUAUUUUCUUUCUAAUGUUAAAUGUUUUCAUGUGUUAAAACUAAUUUGAUUAAAGAAUAAAUUCAUGUUUGCUUGGUUUAGGAAUAUACGAUUUUUCAUUUUCUUUUGAAGUUCAGGUUGCAUGAAUUGAUGAUAAAGAUGUGAUUCAAACGAUUUUGUUUCUUAAAAAACAUGAAACUUACAACCAUAUAGUGGAUAUUAAUCAUAUCUUAAUCAGUUCGAUUACUAUUGUUUAUAUUCCAUGUUUGUGUCCAAAAAAUCGAACGCGAUUCGAUCUUUCUCUGUUUGUGUUGCUAACUAGUUGGAUUUUGUGUUAAUUCAUAAAUUUCAAACUAACCCAUUUCUGGUUAAAAAUAUAAGACCCUUUCAUUAAUUAGAAUGAGAUUGAGAGAUAUGAAUUACGAAUUUACUCAAGACAUGUCAUAAAUGAUAAAAGAAAGAGGGAAAUCAAUUUGUGAGAUAACGAGGCGAGUUGUGAAUUAUUUCAAGACUCAUUGAAAAUUUGAAAAAAAAAAAAAAGAAAAAUGAGUUUAGGUUUGAUCAAAAGAAUUUAAAGUUUAACAUAUAAGCAAAAAUUAACGAUAAGUUGGAAAGCCCUGCUACCGACCAUUCGUUAUAAUAAAUUGACUUACCGUUUGAAAUCGAUAGAAUUAGGUGGGUAGAUUUUAAACCUAUGGGGGGCUCAGUUAGACUACGAAAAUGGGGACGACUUAUAAAUGCCGUAAAGGCGCGAGAAAUGUGCCUAAAUUUGUGGUGAGGCCGAAAAGUACUACUAUCGGUAAGCCACAUGUCAGUAAAUAAUUUCAAAAUAAAUUAAAAGCGGGAGGCAAACAACUUUUAGGUUGACAAAUAUUAUAAAUCCUAAAAAAAAAAAAAAAGGGUUUUAAUUUAAGCCGGACGUAAGUCAUUAAAGCGACCGUGCUAGAACCACGGGACUCGAGGGGUGCCUAACACCUUCCCCUCGGUCAACAGAAUUCCUUAUCCGGAUUUCUAGUUCGCAGAUCGAAAAAUAAAAAUUAAAGAGUCAUUUUCUUUUUGAAUAGGGAUUCAAUAAGGUGACUUGGAACACCCAAACUCAAUUCCAAGUGGCGACUCUGUAAAUAAAAUAAUCCCUUCUCAAAACGUCACUUUAAUUGGAAAGACCCAUUUUCUUCAAAACCCACUUCCUAGCGGGGGUUGGAUGCGGUAAAAAAAGGGGGUAAAAAAAGGGGGUGUGACAUAAGUGAUGAAUAAUAGUUAAUAAUAGAAUAAAAUAUCAUUAAAUUUCUAAAGGAAACAAGUAUUUUUGGACGUUUAAUUUUAACAUAAUGGACAAAUAUAGUUAAAUUGUGGACCAUAUAUCGUCAAGAAGUAGGAUUAUGUAGUUUUUGUAUGACGCGAUUCGCAUACAAAUAUAUAUUAUCGUCAUUUACCACAUCACUGUUGCCGCGAUUGACCGAUCAAUUUUCUUGCGCUACACGGUGUACACACGCUGCUUCUAAUGUAAGUAUGUUAUUUAGCCAAUUUCUUUUUGUAAUAUAGUCUAUAUAUACCUCAGAAAAAUACUCACCUCUCAAUAUCCCAUUUUCAUUUCUCAUCCAGCUCAUUCAUAAUCUUCCAAAAGAAUACCUCAAAGAACAACAGCGAAACGCACCAUGGAAGGAGAAUCAUUGACAGAAGUGUGGUCUAGAUUUGCUGGACUGAUGUUCAUUUGGGGCACAAUUCAGCAGCUCUUCCCCUAUGCACUCCGCAAGCGCAUCGAAUCGUUGUGGCACAGAAUGGAGAACUAUUUCUUCCCUUAUGUCCAAAUUACUAUUGAUGAAUUGUCCAAUGGUAAAAGCAAUGAGAUUUACAGCCAGGUCAACACUUAUUUGGGUAGUAAGUCCGUGGACAAGGAUGCUAAGUUUCUAAAAGUCGAAAAGUCCAAGGAGAGCAAGUCUUUUGCUGUUAGUUUGGAUGAAGGUGAAGAAAUUACUGAUGAAUUUCAAGGGGCUAAACUCUCUUGGCGCUCUCACAAGGAAACAUUGUCCGAUGACACUACAGGUCAUCGGUCUAGACGGAAUAAUUCCGCCCCAAUGGAAAAGAAACGUUACACAAUAACUUUCAAUAAACGACAUAAAGAGAUUGUUACUGGAAAAUACUUGAAGCAUGUGAUGGAAGAAGGCAAGGCAAUUCAGUUCCAGAACAGGAAACAGAAGAUCUACUCCAACAAUUGUAGUGAGGAUUGGUAUUGGUCCGGUAAAGGUAUGUGGAGGGACAUAAAUUUUGAGCACCCUGCAACAUUUGAUACUCUGGCUAUGGACCCUAAGAAGAAAGGGGAGAUAAUCAACGAUCUCGUUGCAUUUAGCAAGGGGAAGGACUAUUAUUCCAAGGUUGGAAAGGCGUGGAAGCGCGGCUAUCUUCUUUACGGUCCGCCAGGAACUGGAAAAUCAACUAUGAUUGCAGCUAUCGCGAAUUUCUUGAACUAUGAUAUUUAUGAUCUUGAGCUCACCUCUGUUAAGGAUAACUCAGGGCUUAAGAAGUUGCUCAUGGAAACAACGAGCAAGUCCAUCAUUGUCAUUGAAGAUAUUGAUUGUUCUAUUGAUCUCACUGGCAAAAGAAAGAAGAAAAAGAAAAAGGAAAAGGAAACAACCAGCGAGGAUAAGGAAGAAGAUUCGGACAAUGAAAAAGAAAAAGAAGAUGAAAAGAAGGAUACUGGGAAACUCACACUUUCGGGGCUGUUGAAUUUCAUCGAUGGAAUAUGGUCAGCUUGUGGUCAAGAAAGGAUUAUUAUAUUUACCACAAAUCACAAGGACAAACUUGAUCCAGCUUUAAUUAGGCGUGGGCGUAUGGAUAUGCACAUUGAGAUGUCUUAUUGCAGAUAUGAAGCAUUCAAAGUGUUGGCUAAGAAUUACUUGAAUUUGGAAACACACCCUUUGUUUCAACAGAUUCAAGGUUUACUAGAGGAAGUAGACAUGAGUCCUUGUGAUGUGGCUGAGAAUUUGAUGCUCAAGAAUGCUUCAGGAGGGCCUCAAAUUUGCUUGGAUAACUUAAUUCAAGCUUUGAAAGAAGCCAAGAUGAAGGCAAAUAAAGAUUCAAAGCAAGACAAGGAUAAAGCCAAGAAGAAUUCCAAGAAAAUUAAGAAGUUGUCCUCAAAAUUAUUCCGAAGUUAUGGCAGCGUACAAAAGUUGUUCAAGUGAUGUUUUCAUGUACUAUCUUUUAUAACUUCAAUUGCCCAAUUUUCUCUCUCUUUUUGGUGGCCACGGGGAUGGGGCUUCUCCAUGUAUAGUCUUGAAUUAUUGUAAUCAGAAGUAAGAUGAUGUUUGCUAAUUGAGGCAUUAGCAACUGCAAGGAGUUAUUAGUGUA